ACGGUGCCUCUCUUGCAGAAAUCAGGACCGUCCGUUCUCCAAAGCGCCGGAUAAAGGCGACGACUCUUAUCGAACUGGGCAGUGGAAGGGCAGUUUCCGCUUCUCCUACUAAACAAAGAUAUCAAAGGCGACUCAGACUUGGCCUGACUUCCUCGGAAACUAGUGUGUGUGAGAGAGUUACAGAGAGAGGAACGACGAGGGAGACAUGUCGGGUAUUGCUCGUGGACGCCUUACCGAGGAACGAAAGGCAUGGCGUAAGAACCAUCCCCAUGUUCGUACUGUCCCUCUAUUUCUUGGUUUCGUUGCGAAGCCAGAGACUCUGCCAGACGGCACUGUGAAUUUGAUGGUGUGGCAUUGCACUAUUCCUGGCAAGGCUGGGACUGACUGGGAGGGUGGCUUUUUCCCACUUACACUGCACUUCAGUGAAGACUACCCUAGUAAGCCUCCAAAGUGUAAAUUUCCACAAGGUUUCUUCCACCCUAAUGUCUACCCAUCUGGAACUGUCUGCUUGUCUAUACUUAAUGAGGACAGUGGAUGGAGACCAGCUAUAACUGUGAAGCAGAUUCUUGUUGGUAUACAAGACUUGCUUGACCAGCCUAAUCCUGCUGAUCCUGCCCAGACAGAAGGGUAUCAUCUCUUCAUCCAGGAUGCGGCGGAGUAUAAAAGAAGAGUCCGGCAGCAGGCAAAGCACUAUCCAGCUCUUGUUUAGUGCUAGCUUAUUUAAGGAACUAUUUAUAUUUAUACUAUGCUAGAUGUUGGUAACUAGUUAUUGUUCUGUCCAAAAAACUUUUUUUUGAUUGUUGGUUUCCUACGCUAAAAUCUAUGACUUCAUGAUCGUAAGUUUAAUUGUUUCUGCAUACUAAGAUGUAUGGACAAGUGUUGAUAUAUAUAACAUCUUGAAAUCCAGUUUCGUGGUC